UUGCGCGUUAAACCGCAAUUUAUUAAUUAAACUUCUGCCACGCAUCCAACCUUUGUGCGUCAACAGAAUCGCGUCGUAGCAUCUUUCACAGUCGUCCAGUGUUGAUACCUUUGUAUAAAUUGCGCUAUUCGGCGCACGCAAGUCACUUGUGCUCCUAGAAUUCCACACGAAGGAACUCUCGCCGGCAAAGCAAUGCACGCAAAAUUAUUAUCGCUAUGUGUUGUCUUACAAACUGCGUCUUCAUUUGUGAAGGCCAGCGAACAAAAGGUAGCAAUGGACCAAAUUAUACUGGCAAACAUGGGGAAAGAAAAAUGGAUGGACGUUCACAAAUUUGAUAUUCGUUUACCGCCAUUUCGGAGCGGGGCAGGUGAGGGAGAGUUUGAUGCAGCGGCCCGGGACGAGAGUAAAAUAUGGUCGAGAGGCGUGAUACCUUACGUCAUAGACAAGAGCAUACUUGACCGUCCAACGUUCAAAGCUAACCUGGAAAUGGCGAUGAAAGAAUGGAAAACGUAUACUUGUAUCAAAUUCCGAAAAAGAAAAAGAAAACAUCGAGAUUAUGUUGUUUUUAUGUAUGGAGUGGGCUGCAAUGCAGAUGUUGGUCGUACGGGUGGGCGACAAUACGUCUCACUGGGCAGAGGAUGUUCGGACACAAGUGUGAUCAUCCAUGAAAUAGGACAUGUUGCUGGGUUUUGGCAUGAGCAAAAUCGUCCUGACCGAAGCAAUUAUGUUGAUAUUUUGUGGGAUAAUAUCGUUCCAGCUUAUAGAUACGCUUUUAACAAGUACAACGAACUUCGUAUAAACAGUCGAAAUGUAACCUACGACUUUAAGUCCAUAAUGCAUUAUGGGGAAAGUGCAUUUAGCAGUAACAGGAGGGCGACGAUUGUUGCGAAAAAUAGCAAUGUUACAGAAUUUGGAAACAUUCAUCUUAGCCCGUUGGACAUACAGCAAGCCAAUCUGAUGUACAAUUGCCCAGUUAGGGUGACCAAAUUUCCCAUAUUUCCUGGUGACUUCGAGUUCUCAACAGCCACCGUUCCUGGCAAGCGUUGUAUCAUCCUGAACGAACCGAGGGAAAGAUCGCGGCAAUCAAUCCGGCUUUGUCACAACAUCACGAAGAAAGAUCCAGGCAUUUCUUGGUCACACGAGGGAAGACUACCAUCACUGGACUGCACUCGCAUCAAUUCGCCAUACGGGGGGGAUUCGAUGGGUUUCUGGAAUGACAACUACGUAUGCGUGGCGAAUGAUUCCGUGUAUAGAUUUCAUUGGUCGAGAAACGGGCCAAUUGAAGGCCUUGGAUGUUUGGGCUGGCCAAGCAAAAGUCGCAGAGGCAGGACCCAGGCGUUUUUAUGUGCAAAGUUUUUUGAUGGUCCAAUCGACGGAGGGUGGACAGAUUGGUCGCCCUGGACAAGAUGUAACAAAGUGUGUGGCGGGGGGUACCAGGAGAAAAGGCGUUACUGUACAAAUCCCGUGCCAAGAAAUUAUGGAAAGCCCUGCUACGGACAAGACUUUGAGAGACGAUAUUGUAAUCUACAAGAAUGUGCAGAACGACCGGAAUGGCCAGCUGAUUUUAUGUUCAAACACGUCCGGUACACACCUUACGACCAGAAUUGCGUUCGAAUCUACGAGCGAAGCUCUGAUCUUGUCUGGAGAAAUUACUUUUUCUGUUCUGUUGGGACAAAACGAAGUAUUCGCAUGAAAUGGUCGGAUAUGGGCGCCCAGCGUGGGAUGAGAUGUAUUAAGGUCAAUGAACCGUUGGAAUCUGACGGUUGGAAUGAUAAUUACUUAUGUGUUCCUCGGGAUUCUGAGUAUAGGUUUCAGUGGUCUCAUUCUGGGCCGAUACAUGGUUUAGCCUGUAUAAGAUGGUAUGCAAGAAAUGGAACCAAUGGAUGGGACAACAAUUACCUUUGUGGGCAGAGGCAUACGGGGAUUAUGGCGAUAUCUGCUGCUUUCAAUCAAGCACCCCGUGCAGCCAAUGAGAAUCGUAGAACUGUCGUGACGAACGGAGUCUGGAGCGCGUGGUCGUCAUGGACUCGUUGUAGUAAAACGUGCGGUCAUGGAAACCAGCGAAGAACGCGAACAUGUAGAGGUGGUCGACACUGCUCUGGUGAAAGAAUGGAGACUAGGGAAUGUACCGUUGCUGUUUGUCCAAAUUCUUGCAACGGGGUGUUAAGAGAGGAUCAAGGAAGUCUGAUUUCACCCAACUUCCCCUCAUAUCCACAGAAUUCGCGCUGCGAAUGGAAAAUUAUCGUAGGAACCGGAAAGAAGAUAAAAAUAAAGUUCAAUUACAUGCGGCUGAAAGCCAACUACACAAGAUGUUCGUUGGACAAUUUAAUCGUCCGAGAUGGAGACAACAGCCAAGCGCCAAUCCUGAAAUUGUUCUGCAGUAAUUUAAACUCAGUUGUGACGGUCGAGUCAACGGGCAACAGUAUGCUCCUGCAGAUGCGAGCAAGCGACAAACUUCGAAGGGGAGGAUUUAAAGCGCAGUGGACCAGUGAAAUGCAGGGAAGACAAGUCUCGUGUGACAUGAAACUGACUGGUAAUUCAGGAAUUUUAACGUCGCCCCUCUAUCCUCGCACGUACCCAAGUAACACAGAAUGUACAUGGUUGAUCACCGUGCCUGUCGACCGUGUUCUUCAAGUGAGAUUUCAAGAUUUUAGUCUGGAGAAGCACAGUAAAUGUUCAUAUGAUAAAGUGGAAGUUUACGAUGGCGGUUCGGUAAGAUCACCAAAGAAAACCUAUUGUGGGGGAGAAAAUCCAGGUACCAUAACAGCAUUCACGAACCGCAUGAUCAUCAAGUUUAGAAGCGACGCAACAAGAAACUACCGCGGAUUCAAGCUUUUGUGGUUCACAACAAGGCGUCGUUUUUAGAGGUAUUCCUGAAUGAAAUUGUUGUUCGGCAAAUCCCCCUUCAUCGUUUACCUUCAUUUUAAGUCAACUGGAUUUUUACGGCGAAUGUAUGAAUGCUCUAUAUAACAUGUAGGACAACAUUCGUAAAGGGAAAUACAUUAUGCAUGACUUGACCUGAUAUUCUGGCAUCUGAUAUCGUGAGGUAACAUGAGAAUAUAGUAAUUGUUCAAUUCAGCGCAAUGUAAGUGGUCAAUAUAAUCGCACUUCAAAGGCGUAUAUUGUCAUAUAGAUUUCUAUAGGUAAUUGUUGCUUUGUAAAUAUUGGUAUAAAUAUAUAUAUUAAUUAGAA